UUAUUGCUGAGUAGUAUUCAGUGACAUGGCUGUACAGUUUAUUUAACUAGUCACUCAUCGAAGGACAUCUAAAUUGUCUCCAGUUUUUCACCGUUACAAAUAAAGCUUCUAUGAAAAGUAUACAUGUUUUUGUGUGAACAUAAAUUUUCGUUUCUCUGGUGUAAAUGCCCACAAGUGCAGUUGCUGAUGUUGUAUGGUAAGUGCAUAUUUAGUUUUUUGUUGUUGCUGUUUAAAAAAAAUUUUUUAAUUCAUUUUUGAGAGACAGAGUGAGUGGGGGAGGGGCAGAGAGAGAGGGAGACACAGAAUCUGAAGCAGGCUCCAGGCUCUGAGCUGUCAGCACAGAGCCUGAUGUUCGAACUCACGGGCUGCAAGAUCAUGACCUGAGCUGAAGUUGACACUUAACCAACGGAGCCACCCAGGUGCCCCUAGUUUUGUUUUUGUUUUUGUUUUUUUUAAUGUUUAUUUUUGAGAGAGAGCGAGCGCGAGAGUGUGCUAGCGGGGGAGGGGGGGCAGAGAGAGAGGAAGACAGAGGAUCUGAAGCAGGCUCUGUGCUGACAGCAGACAGCACGAUGUGAGGCUCAAACUCACAAACCGUGAGAUCGUGACCUGAGCUGAAGUCAAGACACUUAACCAACUGAGUCACCCAGGUGUCCCAUGCACGUUUAGUUUAAAGACGCUUUCACAUUGUUUCCCACAGUGAUUGUACCAUUUUACAUUCCCACCAGCAACAUUUGAGAGAUCCAGUGUCUUUGAAUUUGAAAUGAAUUUCUUAUAAAUAGCAUAUAGUUGGAUUGUGGGGUUUUUAAGCCUUCUCUGCUAACCUUUGCCUUUUAAUUUGUAUAUAUACGUUAUUUAUGUUUAGGUUAAUUAUUAAUAGAGUUUAUGCCUGCCAUUUUAUUAUUUGUUUUCUGUUUGUUUCUUCUGUUUCUUGUUCUUCUAUUUUUCUUUUCUUACCUUCCCAUGGAUUAUUUUAGGGUUCCAUAUUGGCUUAUUUAUAGUGCAUUUCUUUGUAUAUCUGCCUAAUUUUCUUAGUGUUUGCUCUGGGUAUUAGAGUGUACAAUAUGUGAUUUAUCAUUCUGAUGGUAUGAACACUUUACCACUUUGAAGUGUGGAAGCUAUUCCAUUUAGGUUCUUAUCACAUGAUGUUUUAAUUUUUGUUUCAAUCAUCAAAUAUUAGCUAAAACCUCAUGAGAAGGUUAGUCUAUUGUAUGUAUGCUUGCUUCUAUUCUUCCUUCUUUCCUGGUGCUCUAGUAUCCUUUCUUUUAUCUUUCUGUUUAAAGAACUUCCUUUAGCCAUUCUUGGAGAGUGGGUCUGCUAGCAAUACAUUUCUUUAGUUUUAUUGUUUCUAGGACUGUCUUUAUUUCUCCUUUGCUUAUGAAGGACAGUUCUUUAGAUCUAGAAUUCUUAAGGAAUUUUUAUAAAAUCAACGGUUCAUUUUGUUCAGCAUUUGUAAGAUGUGGUACUAUGUCUUUCUGGUCUCUAUGGUGUCAGAUGAGAACUCUACUGUUGAUUUAAUUAGUAUUUCCCUACGGGUAAUGUGUUGUUCCUCUCCGACAGCUUUCAGGACUUCUUUUUUGGAUUUAGUAUUCAGAAAUUUAAUUAUGUGUCUUCAUGUGCAGACUUCUUCGAGUUUAUUUUAUUUAGAUUCAUUGAGUUUCUUGAGUAUUUAUGUUUAUUUUUCACCAAAUAAGAGAAGUUUUUAGCCAGUAGUCCUUUGAAUACUCUUUGUCUUUCUUUUCUUUCUGGGCUCAUAGUAUGAACUUUUUUAUAACUUUAGUUUCUUUGCUAUUUGUUUUAUUUUCAUUUGUUUCAGUAAGGUUUCUUUUAUAAUUUUUUAAAGUUUAUCUACUUUUGAGACAGAGAGAGAGAGACAGACAGACAGAGUGGGGGGUUGGGGGGGAGGGCAGGGGCACAGAGAGAGGGAGAUACAGAAUCUGAAGCAGGCUCCAGCCUCUGACUUGUCAGCACAGAGCCCGAUGUGGGGCUCAAACUCACAGACCGUGAGAUCAUGACCCGAGCCAGAGUCAAUGCUCAACUGACUGAGCCACCCAGCUACCCCUGUUUCAAGAAAAAUUUUAAGUGCAUAUAGAAGCAUCCUUGUCUUAUAAUUUCAACAUCUGUCUUAGUGUUGGUGUCAUUUGAUUGUCUUUUCUCAUUUAGGUUGUGGUUUUCUUGGUUUUUGGUAUGAUAAGUGAUUAUUGUAUUUCGAUCCUGGAUAUUUAUUUUUAUUUAUUUAUUUAUUUUUUUAUUUUUUGGAUCCUGGAUGUUUUAGUUUUUAUGUUAGGAGAUGUUGGGUCCUAUUAAAUUCAAAUCUUUUAUUUAAGCGGGGAUUCACACUGCUUGGGUUUACCAGGUGAGUUCUAGACUCCCUUGGUGGACUGUGAUUCAAUAACAAUUUAAUUUUCACAGGCUUUGCUUUGCUAUUUGGGUCUUGUUGUUUUAUUUGAUGACAGAGGCUCCCAGUGAUCUCUGCUGUUUUCUUCUGAGGGGGUAGAAGGAGUUUCCAUAGGCCAGGCUGCCUGAUGCCUCUAAAUGUGGGAUAAAGGAAGGUCUCCAGCCUGUGGAGGCAGAGAGGCUUUCCAGGCCAUGUGCUUAUGAUGGUUCUUUCUCUUGCUUGCGCCACUGGUCUGCUGAGCCUAUCAGGGGAGAGAGCUAGUAGCCUUUGGCUGACCAGGACAAAGAGGCUUCCUGAACGGGGCUGCUGCUUCUGGUCUGAUCACAUUUGCAGAUGCCUUGCCUUGCCUUGCCUUGCCUUGCCUUUUUUAGUCUUUAUUUUUGAAGUUUGAGGGAAGCUCAUGUGCAGUCAAAACCAUUUAAUUGUAUAAGGUUUACCAUAAUUCUUAAGUUACUUCUGUGAGUUGGAAAAUGCUAGAAACUAGUAGGAUUAAUGAAUCAACUGACUACUUCAAAAUUCUUAAUCUUGGGGUGCCUGCCUGGUUUAGUCAAUAGAUCAUGUGACUCUGGGUCUUGGGGUCAUGAGUUCAAGCCCCAUGUUGAGGCUACUUAAAAAAAAAAAAAAAAAAAAAAAAGAAUUCUGAAUCUUGAUGUAAGUGGCUAUGCCAAGACUGAGAGUUCCUGUUCAAAAGCAGAAAAUAAUUGUAAUAAAUAGCUUUGGCUGUUUAGAUAUAUAAACUAUAUUGCUAAAUGAACAAAAAAUACCAAAUAUUGCAAAGAUGCAAAAUCACAACAGAUUGUUUUUUGAUACUUAAAUCUGUUGAAUUUUAAUCUCUCUCCAGCUUAUUUCUUUCAGAACUAUGUCCAUAGCUUAUAAUGACAAGUAUUCUAUUCUUAGAUUCUCUUUUCUUCGCUAAUACUUGUUUUACUCCAAAUAGUAUGUCCUUAUAUGCAGCCCUUCACACCUCUUUAGUUCAGACACAUGCUCUUUAGGAACUUGGCCUGGCCAGUUAAGACAUGUCAGCAUCCUGAUCAGCUGAAAUAAAAGCAUUUGGUAUUUUUUUAUAUUCAAUAGUUACAGAGUGACCUUUCUUAGAAAGGUUGUGUUUCUCUUAAAGUCUAUAUUUUCUUUUUAUUAUGUUAUUUCUCGUAAGAUUGAAAAGCAAGAUGCUUUAGUUAAUCAGUAGUGGAAAUGGCCACUGGCUAAGAUAGGAGUCAGGUACUUUAUGCAUAUGAUCUUUUAAAUCUUUUUUUUUUUUUUUUAAGUUUAUUUAUUUUCAGAGAGAGAGAACGAAUGAGCGAUGGUGAGCCAGGGGAGGGGCAGAGAGAAAGAGAGACUCCCAAGUAGGCUCUACACCAUCAAUGCGGAGCCCGAUGCGGGCUCACGAACUGUGAGAUCAUGACGUGAGCCAAAAAUCAAGAGUUGGACGCUUAACUGACUGAGCCAUCCAGGUGCCCCUGAUCUAUUUAAUUUUAAACCCUCUGAAGUUUUUAUUUCAUAGAUAAAGACAUUGAAGCAGUAAGAAAUUACGUAGCUAGUUAGUGAUAAAACUUGAAUCCACAUCUGUCUGACUCCAAAAUGUAAGUUCUGCUUCUGCUGCCUCAUUUUUUCUUUUGAGUAGGAUCAGGAGAUGGAGUAAGGCUCUUAAAGGAGUCUUUUUUUUUUUUAAUGUUUAUUUAUUUUGAGAGAGAGCGAGUAUGAGAGGGGGUGAGGCAGAGAGAGCGAAUCCCACACAGGCUUCUCACUGUCAGCACAGAGCCAGAUGUGGGGCUCAAACUCACAUACGGUGAGUUCAUGACCUAAGCCAAAGUCGGACGCUCAACCAACUGAGCUCAACCAGCUGAGCCACCCAGGAGCCCCUACUUUAAAUUUUGCUUUAACAUUUAUUCAUUUUUUGAGAGACAGAGUGUGAGCGCGGGAGGGGCAUAGAGUGAGGGAGACACAGAAUCCGAAGCAGACUCCAGGCUCUGAGCUGUCAGCACAGAGCCCGACACGGGGCUCGAACUCACGGGCUGCGAGAUCAGGACCUGAGCUGAAGCUUAACUGACUGAGCCACCCACGUGCCCCUUUAUUUACUUUAAAAUAAAACAGAAUCAUUGGCUCUUUUUUUGUUUUUUUUUCCUCUGGUGAAAUGGUUUUGCUUAUAUCUUACUGGUACUGGACAAACCAUGCUUUUGAGAAAACAGUAGUAGGGGAAAAAGUCAAAAAUGGAAAGAUAAAGAUGAGAGUGUAAACAGUAUACAAAACACAUUUUUCAGAGUCUGUGUUUAUUUCUGUGACCUCCACCUCCAUGCUAGUCCUAGAUUACUCUCUUAUUUGUUUUAUGCCCUCUGGCUACCCUGCUAAUCCAGACCUUUCAUUUUGGGAUCCCAAAAGGGCUUCUCCAAAAAUGCCUGUUUAAAAAUUUCCCUCUAUACCCUUUCACCUCUCCAGUGAUCCUUUCCCAUUUGUUUCAUGGUGUGUUUGGGGAGGAAAAUAGUUUGAAGAAACUAAUUCAUUAAAGUAUGGAUGAGUCACAUGCUACUUUAAAAAACUUUACAUUUAUGUUAUUUCCUUUUUAUUUAUAUUUUAUUUUAUUAAAAAUAUUUUUUAAUGUUUAUUUAUUUUUGAGACAGAGCAUGAACGGGGGAGGGGCAGAGAGAGAGGGAGACACAGAAUCCGAAGCAGGCUCCAGGCUCUGAGCUUUCAGCACAGAGCCCGAUGCGGGGCUCGAACUCACAGACUGUGAGAUCAUGACCUGAGGUGAAGUUGGAAGCUCAACUGACUGAGCCAUCCGGGCACCCCAAUAUUAUUUCCUUUUUAAAAGUUAGAUUCGUUGUUACCCAAAUGAAUUUCUUGUUGGAAGAAUUGCUGGUAACAUGACCAAGGGAGAGCAAACAAAAGACUUUAAUGAAGGGUUUCUAAGAAUACAAAAAUUUCCAGUGACUUAAAAACCUACCAAGGUAAUUUGUUAAUUUAGUGAUUUCUGAACUCCCUGUUUUUCAACAUAAGGGUUCUGCUGAGUUCCGUUUUGUUCUAUGUGCUCUGUCAGGUAAGCAUGCCAUAAAAAUCAGUUCAUCCUUAGUUUUCAAGGUACUUAGGCUAAAUUUUCAGUUCGUAUGUGGAUAAUGAUUACUGUGCAUGUGCAUCUGUGUCUGUAUAGAUAUGUGCAUAAGUGUAUCAGUUGAGUGAAAGAUUCUUAUGUUUAUUUUCUUUUCAUAUUUAAAAUUAAGCUGAAAUAGGGCAUUCAAGUAUCUGGGGAACUAGAUGACUCUACAUAUCUUUUAACCUUGAAAGUCUGAGUCUGUUAUUUAAUCCUAUUGAAAUUCAAGGGAUUGAGCUUUGAAGGAUAAAUAUAGAGUGUGUAAUAGUUCCGUCAGAGAUAAGGAAGCUGAUUAAUUGAGGCCUAGUUUUGACAAGCCUAUUCUGUAGGAGGGAGUACAGAAAAAUGAACAAGAGAUUGAGAUUAGAAAUUAGGCUGGGUAAAUUAUUACAAGGGGAAAUAUCAGUAGGAAUAAGUAAAUUAGACUGUUGAAGUCUGUUUUUUCUUUCUUUUUUUUUUUUAAUGUUUAUAUAUUUUUGAGAGAGAGCCAGCGAGUGAGCAAGUGCAAGUAGGGGAAGGGCAGAGAGAGAGAGGGACAGAGGAUCCAAAGCUGGCCCUUGUUGACAGCAGAGAGCCUGAUGCAAGGCUCCAACUCAGGAACUGCCAGAUCAUGACCUGAGCGAAAAUCAAGAGUCGAUGCUUAACCGACUGAGCCACCUAGGCGCCCCUACACUGGUGAAGUCUCUUAAAGCUCUUUAUCAAAGGCUUGAAAUGAGCAUAAUAAAUACUGGAGGAUAUUGGAGAAUUUUGAGGAUGAAUAGUAAAAGUUUAUUCAAUUUCUUUAAAUUGGUUGCAGGAGGGGAUGCCAGUGAGGAGAGAACCACAAAUAUGGGAAGGUAUAGACUUUAGGAUUUUAUGAAGAGUCUUAAAGUACUGGAAGGACUGUCCUAUGGAAUAAUGAAGAAAUAAUGUGGGACUUCCCCUCUUGCAUGCCUGAAUGCAAUGUUGCACACAAACUCCCGAGGUGAAGAGGGCAUCUUCUACAAGGUUCCAGGUAGAAUGGGAGUAUAUACUUUGAAGAAAGAUGUGCCGGAUGGGGUGAAAGAGCUAUCAGAAGGUUCAGAAGAAAGCAGUGAUGGUCAGUCAGAUUCCCAGAGUUCUGAGAACAGCAGCAGCAGCAGUGAUGGUGGCAGCAACAAGGAGGGAAAAAAGAGCAGGUGGAAAAGGAAAGUAUCGUCUAGACUGUCACAACCAUCCUCUCCCCAGUCAGGCUGCCCAUCACCUACCAUCUCAGCAGGUAAAGUCAUUUCUCCAUCACAGAAGCACAGCAAGAAGGCACUAAAACAGGCUCUAAAACAGCAACAGCAGAAGAAGCAGCAGCAACAGCAAUGCAGGCCAAGCAUGUCCAUCUCCUGCAACCAGCCUCUCUCCCUGAAGACUGUCAAAGCAACCAGUGACUCUGUAUCUGUCAGGCCUGCAAUGUGGGAAGGAAAGCCAUCUGAUGGCCAGUCAAGCAGCCCUCAGAACUCAAAUUCUAGCUUUUCUUGUUCAGUUCAAGUGGAAAAUCCCUUGCUAGGCUUGGGGAAGAAGUCAUUCCAGAGGUCUGACAGGCUCCACACAAGGCAAAUGAAAAGGACUAAAUGUGCUGAAAUUGAUGUUGAGACACCAGACUCCAUUCUGGUUAACACAAAUCUACGAGCACUGAUCAACAAACACACCUUUUCAGUCCUUCCUGGAGAUUGCCAGCAGCGACUGCUUUUACUCCUUCCAGAGGUGGAUCGUCAGGUUGGUCCAGAUGGUCUGAUGAAGUUAAAUGGCUCAGCCCUUAACAAUGAGUUCUUCACUUCAGCAGCCCAAGGCUGGAAGGAACGACUCUCAGAAGGUGAGUUUACACCUGAGAUGCAGGUGAGAAUUCGACAAGAGAUUGAGAAGGAGAAAAAAGUAGAGCCAUGGAAAGAACAAUUCUUUGAAAGCUACUAUGGUCAGAGUUCUGGCCUGAGCCUUGAGGAUUCAAAGAAAUUAACAGCCUCGCCCAGUGAUCUCAAAGUAAAGAAAACCCUAGCAGAGCAACCAAAAUCCAUGCUUCCUUCAGAGGCCUCACCUGCCAGUACAGUCCCAGUGAUUCCCCAGUUAGAGUCUAAAGAAGAAGUGGCACAAGCACCAUCCCCAGUAAGGAAGGAAGAGCAUGAAAGCCAAGAUCUGGUGCCGCCGAACUCGAAGCCCACAGAGCCCCUAUUGUACUCAGCAAGCAAUACCCAAGAGCUUGGCGGCACUGUUCCCAUCAAGUGCCCUAAGGAUGAUGAGCUCUUGGAGCAGAAGCCAGUUGCCUCUGUUGAACAGGAGUCUGAGAAAGAGAAUCAUCUCACUACAGUUUCUAAUUACAACAAAGAUGAAAGCCAAGGAGCUUUAGUUACGUCCCCAAACAAACCCAAGAGUCCUGGGGUGGAUAAGCCAGGAAUGAAGCCCAUAGUGGAAACAGGUCCACAGGAGACCAGUAUGAAAGAACCUCCAUCAGCUCUGACCGAUCACAGCCCAGAGAGCCUUAAGAGGAAAUCUUGUCUCCUCCAAGAAGAGUCCCCUGUGAGCUGGGAGAAAAGGCCGCGUGUCACUGAGAAUCGCCAGCACCAGCAGCCAUUUCACGUCUCGCCACAGCCCUUUCUCAGUAGAGCAGACAGGAUCCAGGUGCGAAAAGUACCGCCUCUCAAGAUACCUGUCUCCAGAAUCUCCCCCAUGCCUUUUCCUACAUCGCAGGUCUCUCCCAGGGCUCGUUUUCCAGUCUCCAUCACUAGUCCUAACAGAACAGGAGCCAGAACUCUUGCAGACAUCAAAGCAAAAGCCCAGCUGGUCAAAGCACAGAGGGCAGCAGCCGCCGCCGCCGCCGCCGCUGCCGCCGCCGCCUCGGUUGGAGGGACCAUUCCAGGACCUGGCCCGGGGGGUGGACAAGGUCCAGGAGAGGGUGGUGAAAGGAAGCCUGCUAGAGGAGGGAGUCCAGACUCAGACAGAGCCCGUGAACCCGGAAAGGGCCCCGCACUGGAAUUGGCAGGAACUGGAAGCAGGGGAGGUACGAGAGAGCUUUUACCCUGUGUUCCAGAGACUCAGCCCCAGUCUGAGACCAAGACCCCAGACCAGGCUCAGCCUCAUAGUGUCUCUGGAGCACAACUACAGCAAACCCCCUCAGUGCCUCCAACACCUGCCAUCAGUGGAGCACGCACAAGUGUCCCAUCACCAGCCCACACUCACGCACCCCCACCAGCUGUAGGGAAACUGAGUAGUGAAAAACUGAAUCCCACCAGGGCAACAGCCACAGUGGCCUCUCUUACCCACCCACAAGGGCCCAAUGAUUGCAGACAGGAGAAAGCGCCUUCUGCUCCGACAGAUUCUGCUCUCCUCUCUGGUGCCUCGCCUGUUCGUUUUGCAGCUGACGGCACAGUUGAGCCCAGAGUAGGUUCUAGUAAGAAUAUACCAGACCCUUCAGCCUCGGCAGAGACAACUGCUAGUACGUCAGUGGAUAUGACUCCCUCUCCUUUAACAUCUUUAUUGACAGCAGCCACUUUAGAAAAGCUUCCUGUACCCCAGGUCAGUGUGACUGUAGCAUCUACCGGAUCAGCUCCGUCCUCGAGCACUUUGCCAGUAGCUUCUAGCCUUAAAACUCCAGGAACUUCUUCAAAUAUGAAUGGACCCAUUUCAAGGCCAAGCUCUAAUAUCCCUGCGAAUAAUCCUUUGGUCACUCAGCUGCUUCAGGGCAAAGAUGUUCCCAUGGAGCAAAUUCUGCCCAAACCUCUCACCAAAGUUGAAAUGAAAACUGUUCCACUGACCACAAGAGAGGAGCCGGGGGUAGGAGCCCUCACAGGCACCAACGCAACAGAGAUCAGCAGAGAGGAAGUUAGUGAGAGGCAGUCUCGCCCAGCUCUACAGCCGCUGGGUAAAACCUUGCAAAAUAAGCAGCUCCCCCAGGUUCCAAGAUCCCUCCAGCUCUUGACAGGUAAGGAUCUGAGGGACUCUAGCAUUGACACACACCAAUACCAGGAAGGACUAAGUAAAGCCACUCAAGAUCAGAUCCUUCAGACUCUCAUCCAGAGGGUUCGGAGGCAGAAUGUUCUCCCGUUUGUGCAGCCCUCCCAGUUCAGCUUCACUCACUCAGGUUUCCAGUUAGAGGAUAUCUCCACAAGCCAGAGGUUCAUGUUGGGUUUUGCUGGCAGAAGGACAUCAAAGCCUGCAAUGGCAGGUCACUACUUACUUAACAUUUCCACCUAUGGCCGGGGUUCAGAGAGCUUUAGGAGGACCCAUUCUGUAAACCCUGAAGACCGUUUUUGUCUAAGUAGCCCCACUGAGGCCUUGAAAGUGGGAUAUACAGACUGUAAAAAUGCAACAGGAGAUAGUAGCAGCGGCAAAGAAGAAGAUACUGAUGAGGAAAGUACUGGUGAUGAGCAAGAACCCAUCAUGGUGAAGGAGGAGCCCCAGGCUUCCCAGGGUUCUGGCAAGUGUGAAGCAAGUUCAGGACCCCACAGUAGAGAGACCCCAUCCACCAAUGAUUGUUUAGCAAAAAAGAAUGUGAAGGCGGAGACACCAGUGCAUGAGCAAACCACUUUAAGCAAGGAGAAUUACCUGUUCCCUAGAGGCCAAACAUUUGAUGAAAAAACCCUAGCCCGAGAUUUUAUUCAGGCAGCACAGAAACAAAUAGCUCAUGCAGUGAGAGGGAAGACGAUGCGUAGCAGCCCUGAGCUUUUCAGUUCUGCUCUCCCUCUGACUGCAGACAGUCCCACCCAUCAGCCUCUCCUCCUUCCACCACUGCAAACCCCAAAGCUAUAUGGAAGCCCCACACAGAUUGGGCCAAGCUACAGAGGCAUGAUCAAUGUCUCCACCUCGUCUGACAUGGACCCUAACUCUGCUGUACCGGGGAUGCCUGACUGUAGCCAAGUAUCUAGCAACGUAGGUGAUGUCAUGUCCUUUUCAGUGACUGUCACUACUAUCCCUGCUAGCCAAGCUAUGAAUCCCAGCAGCCAUGGCCAGACCAUUCCUGUUCAGGCCUUUCCUGAAGAGAACAGCAUAGAGGACACACCUUCGAAAUGUUACUGCCGAUUGAAAGCCAUGAUCAUGUGCAAGGGGUGUGGAGCGUUCUGCCACGAUGAUUGCAUCGGCCCCUCUAAACUUUGUGUCUCCUGCCUUGUCGUUCGGUAACAAGACUAGAAAGAGAACAUGCUGUAAAGGAGGCAGGAAGGGAAGGGUUGACGAGAUGUGUUUUUGCAUCCUUUGGGAAUCACAGAAAUAAAUAAGGAGGUUUCAGUUGUCUUGAGAGACAAAUGUUACUUAAUCAGGAAUACAGAGUGCAGAUCUUACAUUUCAGAGGAAGAGCACCUUGUAUAGUAAGUCUAGGUCAAGCAAGACUUUGUGAAUUUGUGACAAGUUUGCACUUACAAAAUCAUGUAAAUAUGUCACAUUUUGUUUUAACGUUUUUCCAGCUGUUUAGGUAAUGAUGUAUUACUUUAAAUUCAGAUUUAUGUUCUGCUUCAUGUGACUCUGAGAAAACUUUAAUGCCAUGCAUGGUUACAGGAAGCUGUCUCUCUUCUGUCCUUUCCUAAGUGGCCAGGAAAAGGAAGGAGUUGAAGGGAUGGUCUGGAGAAAGGACCAUUCAAGCCGAUUAUGUCAUGACAGUCUGACUGCAGGCUUUACAUGGAUUAUUCAGCCUUUGCAGAAUCUGGAGUCAGGGUUUGCUCAGUCCCUUUAUCUUAGACAGGAGGAACCUUCUUAAGUUCAAAUUUUUCAUAAGAUGUUAAUUUCACAGGUAGUAUUUCAGACUCCAAAAGCUCUUGACCUGGUUCUUGGCUUCCACAAACCCGUGCUGUUGCCAAGCUCUCCGCUUGCAGUUUGUGGAUCCCUGCCCUCAAAUCCCACUACCCUGCCCUGAGACUGUGAAUGUGGCCCAUAAAGGGGAUGCCUCUCCGGGCCCCUGCUGUUACUGUCGCCUGUGCAGGGCAGCAGUUCCGGCAAUAACAUCCAAGUACUUUGUCAGUCGUGGAGCUUACAAACAGGUAGGAAAUACUAGGACAAAAGUAACAAAUAAUAUUAAUGAUGGGGUGAUUUGAACUAUGUGUUUUGUUGGGCAAAGGAGUAAAAGUGCAGAAAUUGUUAAACUGAACAUACAGAACUUUGGAAAACGGUUUUAACACUAGAAACAAGGUAGUCUUUCUUUUCCUCUUCUUGCCCAACCCGUUCCCUGAUGUUCUGUAGUCCUGCUGUCGCUGCAGGAAGAAAAGCCCUUGGCUGUCACAUUUGCCCGUUCUGUUAAGCCUGUUUGGACCUCCCAGGCAUCUGAGGAGUAUGGAAGAACCUUGUUCUAUAUGACUCUGAACACAGUGUGCACGCAUACAGUAAAAGUUAGACACUUUUCCUGUUUGAGAAAACCUGUUGUCUAUUUUGGAUUACUGGUAUCUAUGCACUAGAGAUUUCUAAUGUAAAGGGGCCUCAGUAAAUGGCUAAGGGAACAUCUAGAAAGGAGAAAUUAGCUUCACAGUUUUGUUACUUGUUUUUGUUGACUUUUUUUGUUUCCUUUUUUAUUCUUUUAAAUCUUGUCUCUAAUGACUGAAGAGGUUUUGAGCACAUAUAUUUAGGUCAUGGUUAAAGAACAUUAGAAUAAAUCUACAGUUUAUCAGAAUUUGGUAUCGAAGAAUUGGGUGUUGUCAAUGUGCAUCUUUUGCAUAUUGAUUUUAAGUUUCCUAAUUUCAAGUGUAUAAAGUAAAAAUAUUAUUGCAACCUAGUACACUUGUGGUUGUACUUAGUAUUCAGGAUGUGAUAUUUACCAUAUGCAGAACAGUGUAAACUUAUUAAGUCACAUUCCAGAUUAGAAGAAAGUAGACAGUAACACUCUUCCCCAUUCUGUUACCCAUUCUCCUCCUUGCCCCAUAAUAUACAUGCUUGUAAUACUUUUGAACCCCAUAAGAAACUUACUGCUACACUAUUCUUCAGUUUUUGUUUUUGUUAAUUUUUUGCGACCCAAGGCAAAUACAAGAUUAAUAUCUGUGUUCCAGUUUCAGCUGAGACAAUAGGAUGCCCUCCUAACUUCCCGUUUUCUUCGUGGCUUAAAAAUAUGAAGGCUGCAAGGAUACAGGGGUAAAGAUUAAGUUCUCCAGCCAAGAUCCAGUAGGAAACAGAAACCAUGCUUCUGUUCCCCAGACUGUCAGUACCCUGGACAGUCCAAGGGAGGGAGUUCAAAGCACCUAUUGCUGGGUUAGACUCCCCAUACUUAGCUUCUUCACUCCCUGUGUCCGUGCCAGGACCGAAGGCGGUCUGUGCGCUGGAAGUGCCUGAGUGAUUCAGGACGGACCCCAUGCUGAACGUUAAUUACCAGUUUGGAUUGAUCAGCGUGAGUUUUCUUCUUUGCGCCUUUGCUGUCAUAGAAAGUCUCUCUUCCAUGGUUCUCCUAAUCUGAGGUUGGACAGACUAACCAGGAAAGGAGGAAACGUAUCAGGGAUUUUCAAGUCCACUUGGAGAGCAGACCGUAUUGUGCCUCUUCAUCUUGACCAGGCUCUUGCAGAUAGGCCCUAAGCAUUAUGAUUCCCCAGAUUCUCCUAACAAAUAAUACUCAGCUAAUGAAAUAUUUGCAUUUACAAAUGUCCCUAAAACAGAAUUUGUCGUCUAGGUACACUGCCUCAAUCUUGACAAAAUGAGAGAAUAGAUUCUUUUGGGUUGGUAGUAAAUUAAAUACAAUCCAUUUGUCAGUUCGUUUCAAAACAGUGGUUUCAGGUAGAAAGUCAUUUUAAGAGCUGAACAGAAAAGCAAGAGCAACAAUCCAACCGUAUUACAAUCUGACUCUUUUGAAAAUGAAGCAGUAGGAACAAGAAAGAUCUUUGUGUUGUUAAGAGCAUGGGACUCCAGUACCUUUGAAGCAGUUUUUAUCUUAGGUUUUCAGAGUUGCUUUACCUUUCAGUUCAAUCUGAAAGGUUGUGGAUAAGUGCUAAGCUUAUUUUUGUGGUAUGUAGUUGCACUAUUUCCAGUGACUAGUCAGGCAUUGUGCCUGAUGCUUAUACCUCCAGGGUAUGCUUCUCAGCCUUCAGAUACCUUCCUUUGUAGGUCACCUUGGGGAGAGAGCAUUAACAAUAAUCAUCUCAGUCUUACUUAAUGAAUGUUCUGAGUUGUCUAGUAGAGAAGGCUCCCUGAAUCUUAAAAAAAAAUUUCCACGAAAAUUCUCCAGCCUAUUAAACAAACUAAAGCCAAAUAACCUGGAGUGUUUGCCCUACUAUUCCUUAAACCCUGUGCUCAAGAUACUGAAACUAUAUGUGAUGUCCCAUGUAACAUUUCUAAGAAUAAGAUCUGGCAAAUGGGACGUUUUUCUUGGGGUAGGGGAAGCAUACUAGCAUGGGCUGGGAAGGCACCCAGAUGUAUGUGUUUUAGGAAUUCUCUCAGAUUUAAAUAAAUAGCCAAAGGAAGACCUCGUUGCCUUCUGGGUGAAGGUGUAAAUUCACAUGUAUUAAUAACUUGACAGUGACCAUCCUAAUUGCUUAUUAAUUGCCUUUCUCUACCUUAGAGUCCUUAAAGAACUGUUCGGUGAAAUGACUUGUUAUAAUGAGGGGGUCUUCUCUGGUCAAUACACCACUAUUUAUUUCUAGAACUCACUGUCCGUGAGCAGCGCCAGGGUUUUCUCUGUGACCUAGAGGUUUCACUUUCACAGCAAGGAGGGAAAAGUUCCCAUUGCAUUACAACAACGUGCUAAGUAAAAAACUUGGCCAGUGGUAGCUUUCAGCUCAAUUUGUAGAAUAGUCCAAAGAGACUCUGAGAAACAUGAUGAUAGGCAGGGAUCUUUCCUGCCAUGUUUCAGUACCUACAUACCUAUUGAAAGGGAACAAUAGGUGAAACAUUUCCUAAAGUUGAAGUAAGAGCUUCAUAGAUUCUUGGUUACUUUAUUUUUUUUAAUGCUUUACAUUUGAUACAACUAUUAAAGAUCAAUUUUAAAAAUAGCUUUCCAGUAAUAUAUUUUAAGUAAUAUAUAUUUUAAUAUCUAUGUAAAAAGUGACAGUGGAAGACUUUGAAUUUCUCAUAUAUGGUAUGUUUAAUGUAGGACCUCACUGUUAAGGCACAAAUUAUUACAAAGGAAGUUACUCUAAAGACACUCAGAUUAUUUCCGAGAAAUGCAAUAAGGGGAAUAGUUUUGAAGUUUAUUUUUUAUUUUAAAAGAAAAUCAACUUAUUUACCACAAGCUAUUUUUUUUCCUUCUGGCUUAUAAGGUUUGUACAGACUGGUUUGGUAAAUGCUAAACUUUUGUGUCUUUUGCCUUUUUAAAGGAAUUGUUAACAUUGGAAUUGAGGGUAUGUACAGAGAAGUUGGUGUCAACACCAUUUAAAAAGUCAUAUUUUUUCACAAAUAUAGAAAAAUCAUUUUACAUAAGAAUUUUAAGUAUUUGCAAUAAAUAUAUGUAUAUAGAUUGUAUGUAUUCAUAUAUUCUUAUUUUUCAUUUUAUUAUUAAGUAAAAGAUAAUUAAAGUGAAAAUAAAAACCUUGGAGUUUUUGGUGAAUCUUGAGGUCUGACAUCCAUCUGAGAGCGGUGUGGGUAAGGGCCCUCAGCUGUUGCCUUAUAUUAUCAUUGGAAGAUUACCACAGAUUGUAUAGAGGAGUGAAAUGAGGAAUUUGGUGAUAAACAUGUCAGGGUAGCGUAUUUCUUUCAGAAUUCUAGUAAAAAUGUUAAAUUCACCUUAUCUGUCUGUCUCUGUUUUCACCCUUGAACUGUUCUGUCUCUUAACCACCCUGGUGUUCCUGGGAACGUUCAAAACAGACAAACACAAAAACAUGGUGUGCCCACUGUUUACUUCUGUAACAAAGAACGGUAAGAAAAUAUCUCAGGGGGAAAAUAGGUUUUUCUUUCUCAACAAUGGUUAAUGAUUCAUUAGCAAACAUUUGCUGCCAUCACCUUACAAGCAGUAGGACUACGUGAAGAAAUAAUCUCGUGAAGGUAAUUGAAAACUUUUUUUCUGUUUCCCAGUUCUUCUCUAAGGAGUGAAUUUCCUAAGCAGUUCUGUAUCCUUCCUGAUUUAUCUGGAGAGGGAGUUUCCUACCCAGUUUUAGGUCCUUGCUGGUUGAUCUUGAGAGCUGGAAGAGCUAGGAGAACUUGGGUUUUGAACUGCCCAGUGUCAGGAAGGCAAUUAUGCAAAUACGGAAUGAGCCAAAUAUUAGGAGAGCUUAGCUGCCCAUGGUCCCAUACCUACAGAUAGUCUGCAGUCCUGUUCAAGAGAAUUUUGUGGUUGCAAAUACUUGGUUUUAGGAUACGAUUGAAGGAGCAAAAUGAUACCUAGAUAGUCUUUGGAAAUAAAGGAAUCUAGCCCAUUCUUUAAAAAUGAAUAAUUUAUACAUUUAUAUUUUGGAAAUUAAUAAGGGUAUGUAGAAUGCUUUUUAAAAGACAGCCUUAUUAUUUUUCAAAAAUUGACAUUUCAAACAUUGGCGUUGCCCAAAGACAUUGAAUAUCGUUUACCCAUCCAAGAGAACAGCACUGUAAAUCUUUGCUGAAAAUGCGCUUUUUUCUAAAGGAAAUUUCUGAAGUCUCAGGGAAUAUCUGCAUCCUCAUAAUUCCCAUAUAAUAAAUAGGAGUGAAGGUGAGAUAUUAAAUGUGUUUACACCAGUCCAUUAUGGCCUUUUACAAAGCCAUCCCCCCAUUUCCAGUAGAUAUAAUUAUUUAAAUGGGCCUCCUACCUCACCGAAAGUAAAAUUCAUAUUCAGGUAAUGACAUAGGAGCCUAAAUGUAUAGUUGAUCUGCAGUUGAGUGAGAAAGCAAUAUAGCAGAACACAACUUCAGCUUGAAUCCCCAACUGUCCUUUAUUUACAUCACAACCUUAGAAACCUGUGUUCAUUGCUUUUGACACUACUUGACCAUAAAGUGGUCUUUAGAAAUAAGAUUUUGCAUACUGUUUCUAGCUGUUUUUGUGUACAAAUCAUGUUACUCAUUCACAUAUUUCUUGGAGCUCCUACUAUGUGCUAAGCACUACUGAAGUUCAGGUUAUACAAGGGUAAACAAAAGCAGCCAUGUAAAUUGCAAAAGGUCUUCCUAAAGUAGUAGUAGCCAUACAGCGUGUGUCUAGAUAAGGGCUCAAGGAGUAAAUAUGUGCUACAUAUUUCCCAAGACAUAAUGGAAAUUUAAGUGUAAAUGAAUUACAGAGGUGAAGCAUUUGAGGCACUGAGCGAAACAGUGGCGAGACAUGAA